AUCGCGAAGAACGGGAAGGCAUAACGGGUCGCUCUCCUUCCCGAAUCUUUCAGUUUUUUGGUUUUUUCACACGACGAGCUUAUAUUUGUGACUUGUUUGUCUAGAAAUAUGUUUAAGUUAUAGGGUUAAGUGUUUCGCAUGCAUUUUGAGAUGGAGUGAGGUGUGUGAAGUGAGAGAAAUUGUGAUUUACAAGUUGACAUAAUUUGUUGAUAAUGGCGGUCCAGGGCAAGGGGUUCAGAAUGUUUCAAUGAAAAUCAGCGCUGAUAUUGUGAUUAUUCUGCUGUAAUGCGUGUAGUAGCUGGGCGGGUAGCGGGGGCGGCGGCGCGGUGAUGCCGGGCGCCCCAUGAGCCGGCUGCUGUGCUGUCUGUGCGUGCGCCGAGCAGACAUGGGCGCGGCGCUCUCGCACCCCCAGGAGGGCGACGCGAGCGAGGGUGCCGGGCUUGCUGUGGCGCCGCCCACCAUGGCCGACGUCAUACGGGAGCGCAAGAAGAAGGCGGGCGGCGCGGGGCUGGGCACGCUGCGGCGCCGCCUGGCCGCCGCCGCGCGCAGGCCCAGAGACGCGCGCCCCGACAGAGGUUGCGAGCACGCGCGGUUCAUCCGGGGCGUGGUGUCGUCGUGGCGGCUGGCGGAGGUGUUCGUGCUGUGCGAGGAGCUGGAGGCGGGCGCGGCGCUGCGCGACCUGGUGACGCAGGCCGAGCUGGCGCGGGAGCCCGCCGCCGCGCUGCAGCAGGACCUCGCGGCCGCCUACCGCGUCAGGUGGUGGUGCGACGUGGAGCUGGUGGGCGCGGGCUGGUGCAUCCCCGCGCACCGCGCCAUCCUGGCCGCCAGGUGCACGUACUUCCGCGAACUGCUGCAGAGAUACCCCAGUGGUACAUGGCGGGUGCCGCUAGAGGGCGCAGGCGCGUCCCUCAGCCGGGAAGAGAUGGAAUCGGCCGUGCUCAUGUUGUACGGAGGCACCUCCCGACGGACGGUCUGCGACCUGUGUUGCAAAUGGAACCGCGGCUCAGACGACGAUCUCGACAUCAUCAAUGGAGAUAACACCGGCACGUGCGGGUCGUCGCGCGGCUGCUCGUGCGGGCGCGGCGGGCGCGAGGGAGGCUGGCGGCGGCUGGCCGCGCUGCUGGGGUUCACGCCCGACACGCUGCACACCGACCUGCGGUACCUGCUGGACUCGGGCGAGUACGCGGACGUGCGGCUGGUGUUCCGCGUGGAGGGCGGCUGCGGCGCGCAGUACGGGUUCCGUGCCGCGCUGGAGCUGCCCUGCCACCGGCUGGUGCUGGCCGCGCGCUCCAGGUUCUUCAGGAGCGUGAUGUCGCGGCGGGGCGGGGCGGGCGGCGGCGGCGGCUGCGUGUGCGUGGACGAGAAGGUGCUCCCGCGCAGGUUCGCGCGGGCGCUGCUGCACGCCGCCUACACCGACCAGGUGCACCUGAGCCUGAUCGGUCGCGACUCCAGUUCCCCAUCGUCCACCACCUCCACCGCCAGCAGCACCAACACCGCGUGGUCGGGCGUGACCCGCGGCGGCGGCAGCCGGCCCGCCUCCACCACCAUGCUGGACGACGCCUUCCAGCUGUAUGAGAUCGCCAGGUUCCUGGAGAUGCCGAUCGUGGUGCAGGGCUGCGAGGACGCCAUCGUGGAGGCGCUGUCGGCCGACACGCUGCCGCACGUGCUGCGCUGGGCGGCGCACGCGCACGCCAGCCAGUGGGUGCACCGACAAGCGAUGCGCUACCUCCGCGACGAGUUUCCAGCAGUGAUGUCGUCGGCGGCGUCGGCGCGGCUGCCGCGCUCCGCCCUCAGCACGGUGCUGGCCUCGCCCUUCCUGCAGGCCAGCGAGGCGCAGGCGCUGCGGGCGCUGCUGCGCUGGGGGCUGCAGCAGCAGCACCAGCCGCGAGAGCCCAACGUGGUGUGGCACACGGCGCACAGCGUGUCGCGGCGCGGGGCGCGGCGCCGGGAGGUGUCGGACGCCGCGCUGCGGGAGACGCUGGGCUCGCUGCUCACCCUCGUGCGCGUGGAGCACAUGCCGCCCGACAGCGAGCUGCUGCAGCAGGCGGUGAGGCGCGGCAUCAUCGACCCGCCGGCGGCGCCCGAGGAGGGCUCGGCGGCCGACGUCUGGCUGGGCCGGGGCUCCUACCGCCCGCCGCGCUGCUUCCUGCCCUACCUCGACGAGCUCAAGGCGCUGCUGGAGACGCAAGCGGCGCCCGAGGCCGAGGUGGCCCGCCACCGGCGCGCCAGGCUUGUAUGCAGGAUACCCGACACGCUCUAUAUGGUGGCGGCGGCCCGCGGCUGCGGGUCCCCGGGCGGCGCAGACGCGGCGGCGGCGGCGGGCGCGGCCGAGGCCGUGUGCGUGGGCGGGCGCGUGCGCGCGGCGCUGCGCGUGCGCAUGCGCGAGCUGCUGGCCGCGCCGCCCGCGCUCACGGCCGCCGCGCUGCCCGCGCACGACCGCGCCGCCACGCGCCGACAGAUCGCGCUCCGCGCGGUGCGCGAGAUGUCGCUGCCGGACGCGUGCGCCGAGCUGCUGCUGCGGGACGCCGGCGGGGCCGACGACGAGCCGCACAGGGAGCGCAGUAGUAGCGGCAGCGGCGACUGGGAGGCGGAACCCCGCUUGGACGAACCCUGGACCGAGCCAGACUGCUGCCGCGGCGCGCGCUCCCUGGGCGGGUCGCUGCGCUGCGCGUCGGCGGGCAGCCUGCGGUCGGCGCCGACGCUGGCGGCCACGCUCGCGGCGCACGCGCCCCGCGCCGCCACGUGCCGCCGCGACCUGCCCGCCCGCCCCGACUCGCAGCACCACAGGGCGGGCGCGGAGUGCCCCCCGCGGGCGGCGCGGCUGUCGGCGUGCGUGCCCGACGUGGCCAUGGCGCCCAACGCCAACACGCACCUGCUCACCGCGCGCGACUACUGCCCGCACCCGCCGCAGCCAGAGUACAGCCCGGCGGGGGUGCUGCAGCUCGACCUGGGCGACGGCGCCACGCACACGCCCAGACCUGGGUCGCGAGCCCUGCGCGCCGCCCACAGCGCCGAGCGGGCGCGGCAGCACCGGGACCAUGCGCAGGGUGGAUGCGCGCAGCCAUCACGCUCGCGUCCGGAGGAGGAUGAGCUGCGAGCGGCGUUAGAGCUGUCUGUCAUACGAGCGUACUCGUCGCUUGCGCCGCUGGCGGCGCGCAGCUCGGCCACGCUGCCGCCCUCGUACCGCGCCGACCUCGCGCACCUGGCCGCAGGUACGUACGCCCAGAUAGCUCCGCCAUUUUAUUUCUGUAAUUCUAUUUGCUUCCAUCCUGACACACAUCUCUUGCUUCCUCCACAUUCACCAAUCGUUUCAUACACGCACGCCGGUUCAGAGCAGAUCGUACUGUACCUUUUCUAAGCCUCUUCAUACCCCGGUGGAAAAUAGGCGUGAGUAUGUAUGUAGUAUGUAGAAAGGGACUUACCCUGUUUAGUGACGUCAUGGGU